CUUGGAAAUAUUAGGUGUCUGGGGAGUUCAGUUGUCUUGGAUGCAGUCUCACCUGUCUCACAGUCAGCCAGAGAAGCAGAGAGGACAGGACCUACACCCGACUGAGAGAAACACAGCCUCUUUACUUCAACCUCAGGCGUACCAGUGGAGGACCCACAUGGCAGCCCUGGCAACUCUUUGCUUGCUGCUGGUGUUUCCACUGAGCAGCACCCAGAGCACCCUGCGGUCUGUGCAGGAGAUCAAUGCUCAUCAGGCCCCGGCAGCGCCACCUCCUCCUCUUCCACCACCACAUGUACGGGACCUACUCAGAAAAGAGGAAACCACUCACUUAAAUGCAAUGCAGACGUAUGCCUAUGUCGACAAAGAUAAUGCCAAAGUGGGUCUCUUCAUCGCUGCUGCCAUGGGAACCUUUGCUCUGAUGGCCGCGGUGUACUGUAUCUACAACAAGUUCUACACCAAACAUCAGUACCUGCACACCAAUCUCAAUGACGACUCAGAUUUAACUACAGACGCCACUGGCCCUCCCCCUGUGUUUUUCCACGGCUCUGCUGGCUCCAGUGCGGUAGAUGUGCAAAGAGCUGGUUAUGGCUCGCUCUCAGACACUCCAUCCAUCAUCUCCAUGCCACCCAGCCUGUCCCCUCCUCCCUCUGCCAUGCCCUUCCCUCCUGUCUUCCUCUCCUCUCACUCUCUGAGAACUAUAUCAGCCAGGGAUCUGGAGAAGAGCUGUAUCUGAUACUGAAUGCUUAGUAAGCAGUGUGAGACUUUUGAAUGACAGUAAAAAAAGUAGUUAUUUGAAUGUACACAUUGUUUUUCACUACGUAUGCCUAUUUGCAGGCACACGGCUUUGCACAUACAGCCCUACAGUAGGAACAACAGUAGGAAAAUGCAGAACAAUUAAUUUUUUUUGGAAACAUUUGGUGGUAGUCCUGAGCUGUGAAAGCAGAAGUAUCUCAUCCACCUGCUGCAAUUGCCCAAAUCUGUCACUUAUCAUUGACAACCAUAGACCCCCUGGCCUGUUGCCCCUUCACUGCCCAUAACCACCACCAAAUAUGAGCCAAACAUUUGCCUGUGCAUCACAACCAUUAGUAUAGUCAUUAACUAGACCUUUCCUGCACCUUAUCAAAUACUACCCAUCCUUUAGUAUGUGUCAAGUGUGGUACAAGAAAUAAUAAA